AUGAGCCCAAUGUCUUUUGGUAGUGCGAAUACGGGUCUCCAACUUGGACAUAACUAUGGGACCAUCGGGACAAUCAACAUUUCAUCCGACCGACAGGAAAAUCCAGUAGAGAAGACAGACAACGACGCAGAGCUGCUCAGGUCACUAGCAUUUCCACAGAUGCUAGAUCGCAGGGAUAAUAUCGAGCCAUGUCCUACGAAUACCUGCCAAUGGAUAUUAGAGCUGGACAAGUAUCAGUCCUGGAGGAAUCAGUCCUGUAGUCUACUAUGGGUUAAAGGAAAGCCGGGUGCGGGAAUAUCAACCUUGAUGACCUUUCUACAUGACAAACUCAAAGAAUCACAGGACGGUAUCCAUGGUAUUGUUCGACUCGAUUUUUUCUUUACCGCGCGAGGCACGGAGAUGCAACGUACACCGCUUGGAAUGCUUAGAUCGUUAUUGAAUCAGAUUUUCGUCCGUGACGUGACCAUACGCCCUCAGGUGCGCGAUAUCUAUGAACAACGAUGUAGACAGUUUGGGUAUGCCAACGAGCAGCCUGUGAUUAUCUUUGUGGAUGCUCUAGAUGAGGCUGGGGCUGAGUCUGCCCAAAAGCUUGCAGCAUAUUUCCACCGUCUUGUUGAUCGUGCUGACCAAAAGAAGCUAACCCUUCAAGUCUGCAUCUUUUGUCGACACUACCCUAUCUUGGAAAGUGCCCGGGCAAAAGCGAUACAUGUCGAAGACCACAAUCAAGAUGACAUUGCUACAUAUAUCAAGGAUACGCUUCUUGAGACAGAGUUGGAAGAUGUUCCUAAUCAAGAGAUGAGAGAGGUGCUGGUAGAGGAAUUGACCCAGUAUGCCAAGGGUGUCUUCCAAUGGGCCUAUCUUAUAAUGCCUAUUGUCAAGGAAAAAUUUAUCGAAGGGGAGUCAAUCAGCGAUAUCCGUGAUUGGUUGGGCGAUGUCCCAGUGGAUCUAGAAAACGUCUACGUGUAUAUUCUGAGCAACGUGAUCACGGCUAGGAAUCGAGACCAAUCAUUCCUAUUCUUUCAAUGGGUAUGCCUGGCCGAACGACCCUUGACUAUAGUUGAAAUACGAUACGCAUUAGCGGCUCAGAAUGCCCAAAUAACGUCGUCUCGAAUCGAAUGGAAGAAGCUCCAUGGCUUUGUGGAAAGCAAUGAACGUAUGAAGCGAAGAAUCAAGGCUCUUGCUGGUGGACUAGCAGAAGUAGUCUCAAGUGGGAAUGACGAGGAAACCGUACAGGUGGUUCACCAGUCGGUCAAUGAUUUCUUGCGGGCAAAAGGACUGGCCCUUUUGUACCAUAGCAUCAGCGGGAGCGUGGGGUCUGGGGAUAUGAACAAUAUUCUCUCUCAGUCUCAGGCAACUCUCUACCGAUCGUGUCUAGUAUAUCUUGCCACGAUCUGUUCAAACAAACAAAUAAGUAACUUUCGGGGAUCAAAAGAGAAGCUUGUCUGUGAACACCCAUUUGUGAACUAUGCGACCAUCAAUCUCUUUAUUCAUGCAGACAAAAACCGCCAGCUCUCGAGGUAUUGGGUUGAAGUCUACCGACACCUUGAUACCUAUUACACAGCAUGUCCACCCACAGGCACAACAGUUUUACAUAUAGCUGCCGCUGCCAAUCUGGUUGACGUGGUAAUAUCUGCGUUGUCGGAUGAGGAGGAUAUAGAGAGGAAAAACGAAGUUGGAAAUACAGCGUUACACUUCGCUGCACGAGCAUGGCACACGACGGCCGGCAAGAUACUGCAGGAAAGAGGAGCAAACCGAGAAGCGAAAAACAUCGAUGGAGCGACUCCUUUCAUGGAGGCGGCCAGAUGUGGACAUUUGGGAUUUGUUGAGUGGCUUCUAGAUGAGGGCGUGGAGAUUGAGAGAGGAGGUGGGGGCGCGCUACAAAGGGCUUCAUUGGAAGGUCACAGUGCGGUUGUAGAGAUUUUACUCGCGGCUGGAGCGAAUGUCAACGCCCAAGGUGGUGAAUACGGCAAUGCCCUUCAGGCUGCUGCAUUCAAUGGAAGUGCUGAGACGGUCAAGAUGCUGCUCGACGCCGGGGCCGAUGUCAACGCCCAGGGAGGUCAAUACGGAUCACCUCUCCUGGCGGCUAUCUAUUCGGGCCAUACCGAUACUAUUGAUAUUCUUCUUCAUGCGGGUGCAGAUAUUGGCCUUUCAGAUGCGCUCGAUCAGACCGCUCUUCAUAUUGCAGCUUCAAAAGAUAUGGCUUACCUUCUCUUUCGAUUUCCGCAACUUGCUUCAGCUAUCAACAAGCGCAACAAGCUCCUGCAAACCCCCCCUUCACCUGGCUAUCUACUUUGGCCACAACCACUUUGCUAUGAAACUUCUUCAUCUUGGUGCCGACCCUUCUCUUCCGGACGGCUAUGGCAGGCAUGCUAUGGACUGGGCCAUCGGACAAGGAACUUUGAUGCGGGAAAUACGUGA